CAUAGACUCAAGAGAAUUGGGCAUCCCGUCCGCUCUGCCAUACACAAGCUUGAGAUCGGUGGAUUAGUAGUUGGGUGGGUGACCACCAGCGAAUACCCACUGUUGUAUGUUUUUUGCCGUUUUUUAAUGUAGUUCACAUUUCUAAAUGGUAUUUAUGCUGUCUUAUGUGUGACAUCAGAUUAAUCACUAAUCACUUGAGCAACCUCGGGCGGGGAUCACGAGGGACACCCCGGUCGGCUAAAGCAACGUGAUCAAAAGUUCGAUGGUUUUCGGAUUACUCGUCCAUUGUUAAACCUAGGCUUGCAAAAGAACAGGAGGACAAUAUCAUAAUAUCGCCUCUGCUACUUUAUUUGUCGUUCUCAAAUAGCCAACUCGACAAUCUUCAAUUUCGACUUACACCUGGAACAAUCAAUAUCUCUGUAACAAUGGUCCUCGCUCGUGAAACCAUUGAGUUCAAAACUUGUGAUAGCACUAUGCUCCGGGGAUAGUUAUCCCCAAGUUGAGAAAUCGGCGUGUGUGAUCAUGACCCACGGGCCUGGUGGUGUCCGCCACUAUUGGCUUCCAAAUUUCGCAGAUCGAUUCCAGCAAGGCGGGUACAGUGUACUCCUCUAUGAUAAUCGGAAUUGGGGUGACAGUGAUGGACUACCGCGGCAAGAGUCAAACCCGCCCCUUCAACAAGCCGACUACUACGAUGCGUUCAAUUUCGCGACAUCAUUCCCCAGUGUGGAUGAUGAUACUCGCAUAGUAUACAAAGCUGCUAUCGUACAAUGCCCUGCAGUGUCUGGAGAGACGCGAUCCUUGGCCUUCAAAGACCGAAUCCCGGGUAUUCUGAAAGAGUGCGCUCGUAUCAUUACAGGAUCAGAACCAAAAAGGGUUCCACUUAUUGCGGAGAACUUGGAAGCAGCGCAGUCAGGGACCACUACUGCCAUGUUUCCCGGUGUCCAUGCUUAUGAGCAGGUGCGCGGUUCGUACGAUUGCGGUGGUCGUUGGGAGAAUUCUGUGACGGCUCAGACACAGCUCAAUAUGCUAGCUUUUGAAGGACAGAGUAUGGUGCAUCGUAUCUCGCCGACUCCGCUGUUGAUGGUCAUUCCUGGGAACGACAUUCUUGUCACCACCACGGCAUCUCAGAUGGCCACGUACGAAAAGGCCAUCGAGCCAAAGCAGCUUUUGUAUAUUGAUGGCGCAGGUUAUUUUGACAUCUAUACUGGGGAUUGGUUUGAACAGAAUAUUAGAGGACAGAUUGAGUUCUUAGGGAAAUGGCUUGGCUCUUCUUGAGACGCGACAGGCGCAACGAAUUCGGAUUGACUUCUCGAAGGUAUCCUGCGCAGAAGAAAAUGUGAUU